CGCGUGCGGGGUCGCGCGGACGCAGGUCGGGCGGCGGGUACCGGGAGAUCGCCGGGCCGCCCGCGCCGCCGCCCCUUGCUUGACGCACGCAGGGGCCGGGACGCGAUUUGCCGCGAGUGACUGGAACCGCCGCCGCCUGGGCCCGCUCCGCCCCCAGCCCGCCUUCUCCCGCCUCGCCCUCUGCCUCCGCCUGCGUUUCGCUCGCGUCCCCGCGUCCUCCCCACCGGCCCGGAGCAGCCGGUCGACAGCGCCAGCCAGAAGUGCGGAAGUUUACUGGAGUAAAAUGGAGGCCUCAGUAAUAUUACCCAUUCUGAAGAAAAAACUAGCCUUCCUUUCAGGAGGGAAGGACAGACGAAGUGGCCUCAUUCUGACAAUUCCAUUAUGCUUGGAACAGACAAAUAUGGAUGAGCUGAGUGUCACCUUAGACUACCUGCUCAGCAUUCCAAGUGAAAAGUGUAAGGCUAGAGGAUUUACCGUGAUUGUGGAUGGCAGAAAAUCACAGUGGAAUGUGGUGAAAACAGUAGUCUUAAUGCUACAGAAUGUUGUUCCAGCUGAGGUGUCCCUAGUUUGUGUGGUGAAGCCAGAUGAAUUCUGGGAUAAGAAAGUAACACAUUUUUGUUUUUGGAAAGAAAAGGAUAGACUUGGCUUUGAGGUUAUUUUAGUGUCUGCCAAUAAGUUGACUCGUUAUAUAGAACCAUGCCAGUUAACAGAAGAUUUUGGUGGAAGUCUCACCUAUGAUCACAUGGACUGGUUAAAUAAGAGGCUGGUUUUUGAGAAGUUUACAAAGGAAUCGACUUCAUUAUUAGAUGAACUUGCUUUGAUUAACAAUGGAAGUGAUAAAGGAAAUCAACCAGAGAAAGAAAGGUCUGUGGAUUUAAACUUUCUUCCAUCAGUUGAUCCUGAAACAGUCCUUCAAACAGGGCAUGAAUUGUUAUCCGAAUUACAGCAGCGUCGAUUUAAUGGCUCAGACGGAGGGGUCUCAUGGUCUCCUAUGGAUGAUGAGCUGCUUGCACAGCCACAGGUUAUGAAAUUACUAGAUUCACUGCGAGAGCAAUAUACCCGUUACCAGGAAGUUUGUAGGCAACGCAGUAAGCGUACACAGUUAGAAGAGAUCCAGCAGAAGGUGAUGCAGGUUGUGAACUGGCUUGAAGGACCUGGAUCAGAACAGCUAAGAGCCCAGUGGGGGAUUGGAGACUCCAUCCGGGCUUCCCAGGCCCUGCAGCAGAAGCACGAAGAGAUCGAGAGCCAGCACAGUGAAUGGUUUGCAGUGUAUGUGGAGCUUAAUCAGCAAAUUGCAGCCCUCUUAAAUGCUGGGGAUGAGGAAGACCUCGUGGAACUGAAGUCACUGCAGCAACAACUUAGUGAUGUUUGUUACCGACAGGCCAGUCAGCUGGAGUUCAGGCAGAACCUCUUACAAGCAGCUCUUGAAUUUCAUGGUGUUGCCCAAGAUUUGUCUCAGCAGUUGGAUGGCUUAUUAGGGAUGUUGUGCGUAGAUGUAGCACCAGCUGAUGGAGCAUCGAUUCAGCAAACUUUAAAACUGCUUGAAGAGAAGCUGAAAAGUGUUGAUGUAGGAUUGCAAGGUUUGCGUGAAAAAGGUCAAGGUCUUCUGGAUCAGAUCUCCAAUCAGGCAUCCUGGGCCUAUGGAAAGGACGUAACCAUUGAAAAUAAAGAAAAUGUGGACCAUAUCCAAGGAGUGAUGGAAGAUAUGCAGCUUAGGAAACAAAGAUGUGAAGACAUGGUAGAUGUGCGAAGGUUAAAGAUGCUUCAGAUGGUACAGUUGUUUAAAUGUGAAGAGGAUGCUGCCCAGGCAGUAGAAUGGCUGAGUGAACUUCUGGAUGCUCUGCUGAAGACCCACAUCAGAUUGGGCGAUGACGCUCAGGAAACAAAAGUUUUACUGGAAAAGCAUAGAAAAUUUGUUGAUGUUGCACAGAGCACUUACGACUAUGGAAGACAGUUGCUCCAGGCCACCGUUGUGCUGUGCCAGUCUUUGCGCUGCACUUCUCGGUCAUCUGGGGAUACACUUCCUCGACUGAACAGAGUAUGGAAACAGUUCACAAUAGCAUCUGAAGAGAGAGUGCAUAGACUGGAAAUGGCUAUUACAUUUCACUCAAAUGCCGAAAAGAUUUUGCAAGAGUGUCCAGAAGAGCCCGAAGCUAUUAAUGAUGAGGAGCAAUUUGACGAAAUUGAAGCAGUUGGGAAAUCACUUUUGGAUAGAUUAACUGUUCCUGUAGUUUAUCCUGAUGGAACUGAACAAUAUUUUGGGAGUCCAAGUGACAUGGCGUCUACUGCAGAACACAUCAGAGACAGGAUGAAACUAGUGAGUCUCAAAAGGCAGCAGCUGAGACAUCCUGAAAUGAUGACCACCGAGAGCUAAUAGCUACCAGCUUCCCACAGAUCUGCGUUCAUAGUAACCCCGCAUGUCGUCGGCAUACUGCAGCAUUAGCCACAAUACAUUAAGAUACAUUUCACAGCCAAGAUAAGCAUUUCUUUUCAUUACACAUUUUUCUCUACAUGUUAACACCUUGCAAAUACCAAGGCAUAAUUAUUUAACAUGGCUUUGAGAACAUAGACUCCAAGUAUCUUAAAGGAAGGAACAGUAAACAUUGCACUGAAAAAUUGCUUUAAAGCUUUACCUGACCUUUCUGUCAGUUUAUAGAUGAAUAACUGAUAAUAAGCUUUGAAUGGUGCUAAUAAGAGUUUAGGAAUUCUCUAUAUAAAAAAUGGUUGCCCUUCCUCCCAGGUGAUGUAGUAAAUUUAGACUAGCUAAAUGGUUAUUAGUAAAUGGUGAUAUCCUCAAAAUUUUACUUUGUAAUUCUUCAAAAUUAAUUACUUUUAUUGUGUCAGUAUGAAGAAAACCUUCAGAUUUUUGAUAUAUCAUAUUCAUUGAAAGACAUUUUCCUAUUUGUAUUGAUAAUGUAUUAAAAGUUGUUUGUGCUUAAUAAAAGGCUUCUUAUAAACAUCUUAUUUAAUUUGGUGGUUAUAUCCUAUUUCUAAACAUGAGUGCCUUAUUAAAAAGGGCAUUCUUAGGAUUGUGAGGAUGGUUUAAUAUUUGUUUUUUCAACUUGGUUGCAUGUGUUUUAGCCAGGAAAUUCAUAUGUAAGCAUGUAUAUAUCAUAAAUAAGCAUGUUUUAUUAUGAAAAAAAAAGUUGUGAAGAACAAUUUAGAUCUCUAAGAACUUACGAACAAUGGAAUACUAUUUCUAAUUUUUCUCUUCUUCAACUUGAAAAAUAUUAUACAAAUCAUUAACUAUCCUAAACAUACUUUGGAGAAGGGAGGGCUGGGGAAAAAAUGCAUACAUAAUUACUUAAUGUAAUCCUUUAUAUCAGAGUAAUCGUUCUGGAACUAAAGUAGCAAUUGUUAAUAAAAUUUAAUUUCUCAUGAUUGACUAGAAGCAAAAUUCUGAAGUAGUCUAAUAACAAAACUGUACAACUUUUAGAAAUAAAAUUUAUAAAAUGCUAGCUAGUGCUUUUAAGUUUAUAUUAAGUUUAAAUGGUGAAAUAUGUAUAAAUUUCUAUGUUAAUUUUUAUUUCAGAAAUGUUUUUGAAAAAAAUUAAAAAUAAUUUUUUAGUCUGUGAUCAACAUAAAAUUAUGCAGAGAAUUGUAUGCUGGUUCCUUUUCGUCGUCUUGAGAAAUGCUCAUGUAUCUUCCAAUGUAAAGCACUUCCUCUGAACCUGCCAGCUUCUCUCACCUGUUCACUGCCAGUCUUCUGGGAGAAACCCAUAUCCAUUUCCCCUGUAUCCUCAUUGCUCACCGCCCAGCACCUUGCAGUCUGGUUUUACUCAGCUCCGCAGUGAAACUGUUCUUGGUGCGUUCCCAGUUACUGAAUUGAAUGGUUUUUCUCUCAGUCUGCAUCCCCUGUCCUGCUCUGUCUCUGCAACAUUUUACACCCAUUGAGCAACAUUUCCUAGAUAGUGUCCCCUUCUUUGAAGAUGUCGUCUGCCCCAAGUGUGAGUACACAUCACUCUUAAAAUAUAUCUACCAAACUGUGCUCUCAGGUUCUGUCUUCAGAGAACUCAGAAUCUCAUCCUUAGUUUUGCUAUUUUAUCUCAACGUCUUGUGUUACAUAUCUGGGCCUAGACCUGUACUUCCAAGUACCUACUUAGCAUUUCAACCUAGAUGAAGCUAUUUAUCCUGUUUUUCACCUUUCUCCUCUUGGAGCACUUUUGGCUAAAGGUGCAGCCUUUUUUUCUAGUUAAAUGUGCCGUAAAAUCUAAGGGCAACAUUCAAAUGCUUCAUCAUGUCUUGUGCUGCCACUGCUUUGGAGGACAUCCAGGAAGUUCUUUCUAUUUGGAAAUCCUCUUAGUCUUUUAGGGCUUAACUUCUAUGAGUAUAAACUGUUGUGAUUCUCCAUUUCAGUCGUCAUGAUGGUGCUAACCACAUGGUACUACUUACUGUUGAUUUCUAUACCUGCUACACUCUAAGCUCCUUUGAGGGAGAUACCUGUGGAACUGCUCUUCCCAGACGUUGGCCCUUGUGUAAUAGCGGCUCAGUUACCCUGUAUGUGAACCAUCUUUUGUAGGCAUUAGUAAUAACUCCUCUUACAUUGUAGUCCGAGGUGUGUUUUAAAUAUAUUUCCUAAAGUUAGGACUGACUGAUGGGUGAAUCUACUCCUAAGGAAGUCAUCUGGUAUUUUAGAUACUACUUGGAUAUUAGCUAAUGUAGUAGAUAUUUAGUUAUACUCAAUCUCGCUUCUGAAUUUCAGAGUAGUUAGAAUGUUUUAAUUAAGAUUUUGCUAAAAAGAGACUGGGCUGUAAGCAGUGAAACUCUUAGUUCUACCAUCAACUCAUCUACCUAUCAAAUGAGUUAAUUUUUAUAUGCCUUAAGCUAUCCUGCCUACACAAAAGUAAAAUAAGGCAACAUCUGGAAAUGUUAUUUGUAACGAGUAUUUCAGAUGAAGCUGAAUACGCUUUUAACGUAAAUAUUGUUGCUUUUCAUUUGAAAAUUUGCUGCUACUUUCUAUAUGUAUAUCAGAAUAUACACAUACAAUUAUGAAUGAAAACCCAGCAGUGCCCUAAUGUGAUUUUUUAGGGUCAUAGUUCAUUUAGAGUACUUUUCAAGGAAGUGACUGCAGUCUGUUUGAAAUCACAAGCUUUUUGCACAUAGUAAGCUGAUGUUGCCGGCAAAUGGAGAAAGAACCAUCGUUUGUAAUUGGUAUAGGCCACAAAUUUCCACAUUGCUUUAGCCCAUCUCAGGGACUAAUUGAAGUGUCAAUUGGGCUAGCUUUGUUUUGUUCUGCUUUGAGGGAUUUUUUUUCCUUAUUACCAUGUUAUUUGCUCCUGUAUAAUUCAGUAUAUAUCGGCAGUUUUGACAUCAAUUCAUGCAUGUCUAACCCAGCAGACAGAAUGCAAAGAUGACGAUUUCCUUUCAAAUAACAUUGGCUUUAUUCUCAGUCCUCGUUGUUGGUGACCGUAUUCUGCUAGGGUGACUCAUCGGUGAUGCAGGUGAAACUGCUCGGCUUGCCAGGUAGGACGUUCAUGGCAAGUCUAGGCUUUGCUGUGUAGGAGAUUGGAUACUUCUUUCAUUUAUAGGCAUUUAAAUUGGCCAGUGCUCCCAGGUAUUACGGAGUAUUAAGGUGCUUGGUUCAUUAUGCCAUCAUUUAGUUGACACUAAUGUGCUGUUAGAUUUGAUUCUAGUUGGUGGCAUACUGCUUAAUAUGAACGUGACAGUUACUUUUCUUACAGUGCCAAGCAGACCAAACUCUGAUCUAAACCGUUGUAACCAAUGGCAUGAUUGUGAGAUUGGCUGAACCCAUCUCACUGUAUGGUAUGCUUUUGGAGGAAGAAUACAGAGUUCUCUACUACAUUGUAAGUUCCUUGCUAGACUAUUACUGUGUACUUUUCCCAUCUUCACACGACCAUAAUAAAAUUAAAAUGUCUAAAAAUUAAACAUAUAUGGUUGCUAAAGUCCUUCACAUCUUGAGCCUAUUAAAAAUGGUACAGGAAACUAACAUCAGUAGAUAUCAUCAAUGACAAGAUUUGCAUGAUUGGGGUAUAUUUGCUUAAACCCCCUAAGGAAAAUUUCCCUACGAUUAAAAAGAUGGGCUGAGGCAUAGCUGACCAGUUAACCUAAUUAGCAAACUUACCAGUGUUAACUUUCAGUUCCAAAAACAAAAAAACUUCAGUUGGGAGUGGAAAAUACUCUUCUAGUAUGUAGGGCAACCAAUAUCUUGAUGAGGGAAAAUGAAAUACAGAUGUAACAUCUGACAUUAUUUGACUUCACUAUGUGCUACUGGAAAUUCUAGCUAAGAAGCAUAAAUAAUGACAAAAAUAGAGGAAAGAUCAUAAAAGCUGAAAUAAUAACUAGUGAACAUAACAGAAAGAGUUUGGAGUUUGAAUACCUGACUUCAAAAUCUGGCUUUGCCAUUUACUGACCUUGGGGAAAAAUCACUAAACUUCUCUGUAAAAUAGAUCAUACCAAAUAAUGUCAAGAAUGAAAUAAUCAUUUUAAAAAUGUGCUGAAAACAAAAAUACCCAAAGUGGAAGGCAUUAUUACUAUAAUUACCUUUUCAGAAUAGAAAAUGGAGCAUUCCGUAAUCUUGCUCUUGUCUCAGAUGACAAGCAUGGGGCCGUGGGGAAAACGGCACCUGGCUCCUGCCCACGUCCCUAAGCUCCAUCUCCCCUGUAUGCGUACGUACAGGCUUACCAAUGAGAACAUUAAGGGGGGGGGGGCAGUGAGCUCAUCAGUAAAUACGACUUUUAUCCCUGACCAAUGAACUCUCUUUAUGGCAGGAUGAUAGACCAGCAAGAUGGAAGACAAAUGAGGAAUAUCACCUGCUUUGAGGUUGGCAGGGACCUAACACAAUUCCAUUAAUACAUAAGUAAGUAAGAAAGUAAAAGGAAAUCAUACUCAGAGUGGCUCUUAGCACCAACCUGUAGAAACGAGCACAAACCUGUUAGAUACUUAUAAAGUAUCCCAAUAAUGAGGUUAAAGAAACAAUGACUUGAGACUACCCUUAGUGCUGUUAUGGUUAGAGAACAGCAAUCUUGGUAAACUUGGGCAGUGAUAACAGAAGAAGACUGGUCUUAUGAUAGAACUAAGGAUGUUCUGUGAUAGAACUAAGGAUGUUCUGUGAGAUAGCAUAAAUAAAGGGGGAUGUUUAAGACGGAAAAAGUCUCAUACAUAGGAUGCUGUAUAACAUGACUGAUAUAUUAAAGCAAACUUGGAGACUUGACACCCCUACUCCAUGUGCUUCAAGAAAAAGCAGAGCCUAUACUAGAACAAGAAUUGAGAGAGAGCAAACCAGAACUAUAAGUAUUUUGAGAACAGUGAAUACAUUUUUUAAAUAAUCAAGAUUAGUUUUGUUAAAGAACUCUUAGGGUGCAAUAUAUAUAAUACCUGUAUGUAAUGAUAACAGGAAUUCUUAGUAAAUAACUAAAAAUAGUUAACCGCUAAGUAAGAGCAGUGUUAUUAACAGAUUUUUAGGCAUAUGGAUAACUAUUCCUGACAAAAGGCUAUUGAAGUCUGAAGCCAUUCCUAGUGAAUCUCAGACUCACCUUAGAAGUAUUUACAUGUGAAAUACCAUCUCUUUAGGGUGUCCCCAAGUGUGUCCCUCAUCGAGACAGGAUACUCAGCUGUCCUUCCACCCAGAACAUACGGACCUGUUCACUAUGAUCAAGCCUCACAUGUUUGGGGUGUGUACAUCUUUUUUAUUAACAGUUUCCCUGGUUCUUUUUCAUUAAUAGUUUCCCUGGUUCUUUUUCAGUUUAGAAAUCAGGGUAAAAACAAUUUCUAUGUGUGUUUUUCCCUUAAUGUUUCGUCAUCUUAGCUCCUAUGUUGGUCUACCCAGCCAACAGAUUUGUUCAGAAUAUACGAUCAGUAUAUGUAUUGCAUUGUUUUAAAGGUGCGAGGGGAUCUAAAUAUCACUGACAGUGUUGAGCCAGCAUAGAUUUAAGAAAUGAUUGCUCACCUCACACUCAGGACUGUCCUUUCACAAGCUUUUAAGUUGUUUAAAUGAUAGCUGAUUGGAAGAAUUUGAUGAUUAUAUUGCCAUGGGAUCAAUUAUGAAAUUCUCAGCAGCAUUAUUUGGCAAGUGUUGCACCCUUGAGGUUUUCCCCAACAGUUUAUUAUAAAAAUUUUCAAACACAUAAAAAAAGUUAAAAUUUUAUGCGUACUCAUCACCCAGAUGCACUAGCAUUUACUAUGCUUGCAUUAUCAUAUAGCUAUCCAUCAAGUCAUCAAUUCUUAUUACUUUUGAUAUGUUUUAAAUUGCAGACAUUCGUAUACUUCCUACUAAAUACUUCAACAUGCGUAUCAUUAACUGGAGUUCAAUAUUUGCUUACACUUUUAAUAUAAAAUUAGCAUACAGUGAAAUACAAAAAUCUUAGGUGUGCAUCCAUUGAAUUUUGGCAAAUACAGUACUGUCAAAAUGUAAGACAUUAGAAAAUUGCCACAUGGCUCUUUACAGUCUAUCCUUGUCCCCACCCCACCCCUAAAGUCAACUACUGUUCUUUUUUCUAUUCUAAAUCAUAUUUGUCUGUUAUAGAUCUGUGUAAAUAGAAUUGCACAGCAUGUACUCUUUCUAGUUGGAUAAAUCUAUUUGGAGAUUUAUCCAUGCUGUUGGGUAUCUUAGUGGUUCAUUUUUAAUGCUGAGUAGUAUUCCAUUGUAUGACUAUAGUGCAGUUUAUCCAUUUUCCUAUUUAUGAAUACCUGGGCUGUUUCCAGUAUUGGCAAUUAUAGAUAAAACUGCUGAUAGUGUAAGUCUUAUGUGAACAUAGGCUUUCAUUUCUCUUGGGUGAAUACCUAGGAUUAGAAUUUUUGUGUCAUAGAGUAGUUUUAAAAGAAACUGCCAUACCAUUUCCCUUGUAUGGCAUCUUGGAUUUUCUAUUUUGGAUGUGUAGAAAGGUGUAAACUAUUUUUAUGGUCCAUAUUUGAAAUAUUAGAAGUGGAUUUGGGAUAGAAAUGAUGUUGUUCAUGGUUGGCAGUUGGUGUUAUUUAAGGGAAGCAAAUACCUGUCUGCCCAAAACAGCUCCCCAAGGGUUUCCUGUACCUGAAAUUUUAGCAUUAGUUUCACUCUUUGAAAGAUUGAAGCACUUAUCCAAGUGUGGCAAUACAGUAGCUAGAUGAAACAGCACUGACUUGUUUAUGUUACUAACUUCUGCCACCCAUUUUCAGUAGGUAAAGUAAGACUGAUAAUUGCACAGAAAAUAUUUCCACAGUGGGGGCGGAAAGGUAGUAAAACACAUGUACUACAAGUCAGGUACAGCAGUGUGAGAAGCAACCAUCCGAAGGGGGAACCCCCCAAAUGGGGGUCAAGAAACCAGAAAACUGGGUGGGAAGAAUUCUACCUCGCAGUUGUGCAUAGGGGAUAGCUACCUUUUUGCAGGACAUUGUAGCAUUUACAAAUAAUAUUUUCAAUGUUGUCUUUUUAUUCAGUACCACCCCGCUAUAGUUGUUUCACACCUUAGCGACUUUUACCCACUGUGUUUUACUCUUCCCGCCUGUUUCAUUACAUAUAGCAAUUACUUGUGUAAGCCUGUAAAAUUAUAAUAAUUUUUGUUUUCAGUGCUCAUGUUCAAACAUAUUUAUGUAAAAUUCAUCCAAUCUUUCCUAUUCGACUUUUAAGGGCUGGGAUAUUUGGCUUCUACUGUAAAUCCUUAUAAUGUUCUAUACAUUGUAAAUGCAAUAAAAAUGUUAAUAACUAUAAUUGAUGACAGUAGAUUUUGGUAAUGUAUUUAUUUGAUAUGUUAUCACUUUGGAUAAUAACUGGUUUGUGUUAAUAAAGAUUGUACAUAAGGUCUAGGGAGAAUUAAGUCAUACUGGUCUCUAUAA